UUUGUCUACUCAUAGAAGCAUGUUUUGCCACAGGUUCUCACAGCUAGAAUCAUCAUGUUGACUAGGGCUUGCCUGAGGAAAAUGAAACCAAACUCUCCAUACUUAGACAACUUUCUCGACACUGGUGAACAUCCUGAGGAUCAAAGAACAUAUGUGAUGUUCCAUGGCACCUCAGUAGAGGCUGCAGAGCUGAUAAAGAAGAAUGGCUUCACACCGUCAAGAGCAGAUAUCAGCAUGCUUGGUGCUGGUGUUUAUGUUACACGGGACAUUCAAAAAGCCUGUAAAUACCCUCCUGGUGUUUCCAAGUCUAAGAGAAGAGUACUAAAAGUCAGAGUGGAUGUAGGGAAGGUUAAGAUCAUAGACCAGCAGGAUCACCCCAUGCAGAAGACCUGGCACACCGAGCAUGGAUAUGACACCGCCUGGGUUCCACCAGGGGUCGAUAUGGUAGAAAGCAACCGACAGGAGAACUGUGUCUACGACCCAAAGAGAAUCAAAGUCGUGGAGGUCAUGAAAGUAAACAAAAAGACCAUAUCUAGAUACAAUCAUCUUCAGAGUGGAGUCACACCUGAGGACAGCCACGUCUACGUGAUGUACCAUGGAACAUCAAAACAGAUUGCUGUGAAAAUACAGAGAAAUGGAUUCGAACCUUCCAAAGAUGGUAUGCUUGGUGCCGGUGUCUACCUCAGUCGAGACAUCCGAAAAGUCAUCAAAUACCCCAUUGGUGCUGAUGACUCAGACAAGAUGGUUCUGAAAGUGAAGGUGAAUGUUGGCAAGGUUAAGAUCAUUAACAAACAGGGUCACGACAUGCAAUACAACUGGCACACUAAGCAUGGGUAUGACACUGCCUGGGUUCCACCUGGAGUUGGCAUGGUGGAACGCAACCAAGAGGAGGACUGUGUUUUCGACCCAAAGAGAAUCACAGUGUUGGCAAUGCUGAAAGUGUCCACCAUGAAAAUGUUAAACCCGUCACUGUAGAACUGAUGGCGUUCUGCAGUCAGUGGGAGCAUCCAGCAUCACCUCAUGGUCACCAGAAGAGGAUGGAUAGAAUCAGACGGACCGACAUGAUGCAGUUCAUAGGAAGAAGAAGCUAUAUUUUGCAGGCCCACAAGAUGAUUUCACAUGUCAAUCUAUAUGCAAUCAAUCA